GUACAGUAAAUUUGAAACUUAAUAAAUGUGCCGCCUCGUACUUAAGAAGACAGGAAUCAGUUCUCCAGUCCAACGCCUUCUUUAAGCAAACAACUUUAGUUUCCCCAGAAGAGAUUUUUACUUGUUGCAAUGGUAACAUGUUUUCUCUUCUUUAACGUUCAUUUUUAUUCUAUCCAUGUGCCAAUUGCCCUUGGAUAUUUAUGUAUAUGGAUUAAUAUGAAUGAAUGCAGAUGAAUGUUUGUCAGAAAUGUGGAGAUAAAGGUUACUUGAAGGACCUUAUAUACUGUAUGCAGUGUAAGGUUUCAGCAGAGCAUCGUUAUUGUCUGGACAUACUGCCAAAGAGCAGAAGGGAAAAGGUUGUUUGGACAUGUGAGGAAUGUACUCCAAAAGAUGUUAAGCACUGUCCAGUUUCAUCGAGAAAAAGUGAACGCAUCAUUCAAGCUGCUGAAAUUAGAUUGAAUAAGAGGCAGGUACUAAAGCAAACCAGUUUCUCAAAAACAAAGGUGCAUGCCCAAUUGGGUAACUUGGUUGAAGCAAAGCAGCCCGGAAUUAAUUGUUUUUCCUCUAAUGAUAACUUGAAAAGACUGCCAUUUUAUGAUGAAAACCGUUUCAAUGAAGAGCUUAGGAAGCAAAAGAGGACACUGGUCCUGGAAGAUGGAGAAAACUCAGAUGAAGAGUCUAGACUGGGUGAAGCUGAAGCUUCUCCAUCAGUUCCUACUGUCUACAAUGGUUCAUUGAACACUAAGCAAAAGAGGAGGCUGGUCCUGGAAGAUGGAGAAAACUUGGUUGAAGAGUCUAUACCGGGUGAAGCUGAAGCUUCUCCAUCAGUUCCUACUGUCUACAAUGGUUCAUUGAACACAUCAUACUACUUGCUACCUUUGGAUUCCAACAAUGAUGCCCAUCCUCAAACAGCCAUCGGUCCAAUUUGGAGGGGAUGCUUCAAUAUCAGUGAUGUUAAUGGUCAAAAUAUUGUUGGACUUGUAGCUCACUUAACAAGCAGAGUUUGCUCAAAAGUGUUGGAUGCAGCAACUGCACUUCCAGAAUUGCUCACCAUAGAAGUUGUGUCCAAAUUCGAUGUGUGGCCUCAAAGAUUUCAUAAAUCACCACCUACUGCUGACGCUGUUGCUCUUAAUUUCCUUCCUGAGUAUGAAAGUGAUGAAAAAGUUAUUGAUGGCCUGCUGGAUAGAAUGAUUGAGCAAAACCUUGCACUCAAGGCAGUCAUCAAAGACAUGGAGCUCUUGGUCUUCCCAUCUACUGAUUUGCCGCUCGAUAAAUGGCGAUUGUGUAGAAAAUAUUACCUGUGGGGUGUGUUUAAACUGAGUCUCCCAAACCUUCAAUCAGUAUACAACAUGUAAGGCCCCAGAGGUUCUCUUUACAUUUUCCAAUAUUUUAUAGUUUCGGUUCUAAAAUGAUAAUGUUUUGACUUGAGAAUACACAGCAAUGAAAUCAGAUGUUGUUCAUUAACUAGGCUUAGCUAGAACUUGAUGUUGGCUUUUAAGGUCUUGAAGCCGAACUUCAAAUGAAACUGUUUUAAAGGAUAUAACGGUGUACAAAAUUCCCAAUUUA